AUGGAUGAUCCAGCGGUUCCGUCCAAAAGAUUACGGAAAACAACAAGCAGGGAAGGAAUGUUGACUUCAGACGAUUUAAACCAUAUUAUGAACUGGUUUUCCGAUGGAGAUGCUGACAGUGGAAGUAGUUGGAGUGGAGGUAAUGGAGGAUAUGGUGACAGUAGUGACGAUGAGGAAGAAAACCCAGAACCGGUAGAACCAAAUGUUGUUGUUCAACAAACUCAAACUGAAUUUAAAGUAUUUUUGGGUCUUCUUUAUCAUAUGGGAACUAUUCGUACGAAUAUACUACAAGAUUAUUGGAAGAAGGGAUAUCUUUUUGACCUGCCAUGUUUUAACUUUCGUAUGAGUAGAGAUAGAUGGAUGUUAAUUUUACGUUGUUUACAUUUUGCGAAAAAUCCAGCACAAAAUUAUGAGCCCCAACCUCGGAAUCGUUUGUAUAAAAUUAACCCUCUUCUAGAUAUAUUUCAUGAAAAUAUCGAUCGAAUUCAAUAUCCAACAAGAAUUCUUGCUAUAGACGAGUCUAUGGUCUUGUGGAGAGGCCGUUUGGUUUUUCGUCAAUUUAUUCACGGAAAAAGACAUAAAUAUGGAAUUAAAAUGUAUGUUUUGACAGACUCAUUGGGAUUUGUUUUAAAAUGUAUAAUUUAUUCUGGUUCAAAUGAUACUAAAGUUGGUGGUAAAGGCCAUGUAACUAAUGUUGUGAAAAAAUUAUUAGAAGGCAAAUUAGGAGUUGGUCAUAGCAUAUAUAUGGAUAACUAUUAUAAUAGUGUGGAGCUAGCUCAAUAUCUUUUAAACAAUAAUAAAUAUUGUACUGGUACGUUGCGUGCAAAUAGGAAGAAUAAUCCUCAAGAAGUAAUUAAAAAAAAAUUAAACAAAGGAGAAAUGAUUCAAAGGUUUACUCAAGAAGGUACUUGUAUAAUGAAGUGGAGAGACAGAAGAGACGUACUUGUAAUAUCAACAGAAUAUGACGGAACUUUGGUGGAAGAAAUUAAUAAAAAGGGAAACCAAAUUACAAAACCAAAAGCUAUACUUCAAUACAACAAGCCUAUGGGGGGCAUAGAUCAUUCAGAUCAAAUGUUAUCAUAUUACUCAUGUGAACAUAAAACUAUGAGAUGCUUAUUAAAUAUAUCUGAUGGAUUAAGUGUUUACAUUAAAGACUCAAUUAUAGUAAAUGAUGUAAUAACUGGGACGGACGUGCAUGAAGUUAGCCCCCCUACAUUGCCAUUUAGACUUUAA